AUGAGACGGGCCGGGGGAGCCGGGGGAGCCGGGGGCGCCGCGGCCCUGUGCGUGCUGCUGGCUGCCCGGGUGGCGGCGGCCUUCGAGCCGCUGAGCGUGGGCCUCGCGAUCGGGGCCGCGUCGGUGCUCACCGGCUACCUGUCCUACACGGACUUGUACUGCCGCUUCGCCGAGUGCUGCGGCGCCGAGCGGCCCCUCAACGCCUCGGCCCUCAAGCUGGAUUUGGAGGAGAAGCUGUUUGGGCAGCACCUGGCCACCGAAGUGAUUCUCAAAGCAGUGACUGGCUUCCGGAACAACAAAAACCCCAAGAAGCCCCUGACCCUGUCCUUGCACGGCUGGGCUGGCACAGGCAAGAACUUUGUCAGCCAAAUUGUGGCUCAAAACCUCCAUCCCAAAGGCCUGAAAAGUCACUUUGUCCACCUCUUUGUGUCGACUCUACACUUUCCUCAUGAGCAGAAGAUAAAACUGUACCAGGAGCAGCUGCAGAAGUGGAUCCAUGGCAACGUGAGCGCAUGCGCCAGCUCCGUCUUCAUAUUCGACGAGAUGGAUAAGCUGCACCCCGGCAUCAUUGACGCCAUCAAGCCCUUUCUAGACUACUAUGAGCAGGUGGACGGGAUUUCCUACCGCAAGGCUAUCUUCAUCUUUCUCAGUAAUGCAGGCGGAGACCUCAUCACCAAGACGGCUCUGGACUUCUGGCGGGCCGGCAGGAAGAGGGAGGAGAUCCAGCUGAAGGACCUGGAGCCCGUGCUGUCCGUGGGUGUCUUCAACAACAAGCACAGCGGCCUCUGGCACAGCACACUGAUAGACAAAAACCUCAUCGACUACUUCAUCCCCUUCCUGCCCCUGGAGUACCGACACGUGAAGAUGUGUGUGCGGGCAGAGAUGCAGGCCCGUGGGGCUGCCAUUGAUGAGGACGUUGUCACAAGGGUGGCAGAUGAAAUGACAUUUUUCCCCAAAGUUGAGAAGAUCUACUCAGACAAAGGCUGCAAGACUGUACAGUCUCGGCUAGACUUCCAGUGAGCUCCUGGCCGCGCAGGGCGAGUGGGGACUGGAGGCCCACCCCCGGGCGACCUUGCCUCGCAGAAGCCCUUUGAAGACCUCUUGGGGGUUUUGCACAUUUGCACCUACAGACAGAAGUUUUAAAGAUACUAACCUGUCAGCGUCGCAUGGCAGCAGCCCACGUCUCAUGUGCAGUUGGAGAUGAGCUUUGAAAAGUCUUUUUUGCUCACUAAACUCGAGUUAAGUGCCUGGAAUGAGUGCAUGAGGCCGAGGGUCCUCUGUGACCUUGGCACAAAUGCCACACGGUCAGUGCUGUGACUACAGGUGCUCUAGUGCUCUGCCACCCUGGGAGAACCAGGCUUCACAUGCAGCUCUUUAUGGCUCAGAACACGCAUUCAUCGACUUGAAGCGUUUUCAGUUAAAAGCUGGGGGCACCAGCAGGCGCAGCUCGCAUCUGAGGGGAGUGUGUGGCCCUGCACACCAGGGGCUGGACUGUCGGCGUGAGCAGUGGAGGCUCCCUCUGAGGCGCCUGCAGGAGACCUGGACAUACGGGGACCAUGAGGCUGUGCCUGGUGCUGACCCAGCCCCGAUUCUGGAACUCCCUCACAACCUCCCACUUGGUAUAGGUUCUGGCCUUCCUCAUACCACGUCUGCCAAGCAUCAGUCGUUACCAGAGCACCCUCUGAUCAUCACUAGUCACAUAAGCAUAGGGCUUGGAGUUGAAGCCCUUGGUCCUCACGCUUGCUGGUUAUACUUCACGUGAGAGGGUCGAGCUCAGCUGUGCGGGACCAUUAGGGUUCUACAGGAUGAGCUCGUGACCAAAGCUGACCCCACCGAACUUUGCAGUAGUCCCAGGACUCCACUGCCAAGGAAGCGGGCCUGCCGCACACGGAGAACUUGUGUCUUCAAGGAUAGAUAUAUUUUUAUAACAUUUUUAGUCCUGAACCUUAGGUAAUAAAGUAUAAGAUGUCAUGUAUUUUUUUAAAACUAGGAAUAACACAAAAUGGGAUAAUUGCUUAUUCUCAGGUUCUCUCAAAUAGUGUAUAUUUUUAUUGUCGUUGGGUGUGGUAGCACAUGCCUGUAAUCCUAGCACUUGGGAGGUGGAAGUAGGAGGAUCAGAAUUCAAGGUCAUCCUCAGCUACAUAGUAAGUUCCAGGCUAGCCUGGACAUGAGACCCUGUCUCAAAAACAAAAGAAAAAAUUCUCAUUAAAUACAUGCAUCGUACUAUAUGGUCACAAUUGUAGAUCUGUCUGAAGUUGGGCUGGUCCCUGGGUGUCAUCUGAAGAUGGUGCCCCUGUGUGACAACAUCAGGCUAGACUGCCCUGACUUGGGAAGUAAGACUUGGGGUCCAGUUAGCAUGAGUUGUUCUGCCCCUUAGUUGCAGUGUGACUGUGGAGAUGGGAUUAGAAGUGUUUAUAUAUGUAAUGUGGAAGAGUAAAUGUUUUACAACAUA